AUGAAGACUGCACUUCAAGUUCUGGCAGUUUUGCCAUUCUUGGCGACUUCAGUCGUUGCCACCAACCCGGUAACGACUUGUCGUACGGAGCUUGGCACCAAAUCGACAAACCAUGUGUCUACUGUCACCAAGACAUCUACCAGCAGCCAUCAGCCCACCACUACCCUCACUAUUCGCCCGACGGUGACAAGCUAUGUUGGCCUGUGGUACACUGUUACCGGAUUCGCCACCAAGACCAAGACUGUCACGGAUAGCACUGUGACCGAUACCUUUUCCACCACGUCCACCGUGUUUGCUGUUGAGACGGACACAAUCACGGCUACCGUGACUACCACUACCACAAACACUGACACUACCUCGUCAACCUCGACCACCGUGUCAACCGUCCACCCAGUCACAGAAACCAUCUUCUACUGGAGAGAGACUACCAAGACCAACACUCUUACUUCUACCAAGACUGUUGUUCCCGCUGAUGUCUCAUCUACCAUUACUUCCACUUACACAUCCAGUGUGACAACUUUCACCACAACCUUUGAGACUAGCACUGUCACAGCCUCCACUACCACUACCGCCAUUAUUCCUGGCCCUACCGUCUAUGACGCGUGUAGCGCACUGAACACCUUUGGCCCCAACUUCAGCAACAGUGGAAGAAACUACUAUGCUGUCAACGUCGCCAACAACGGACCGGGCGUCGGUUCCGACUUCAGCACUGUCGCUGAUGGCGCCACCACCGCAACCGACUGCUGCAAUGCUUGCCAGCAAUUCGGAACUUGCGAGACAUUCAUUUUCCGCCCGAGAAACCGAAACUGCUUCUUGCUGUACCACCCUGGCGAGACCUGCUCAUCCCAGUUCAACCACCCUAACUUCAUCCUCUCCAUCUCCGGCAGCGACACUGGCGAAGGAUAUGUCGUUGGUAACGGUAACUGCGGCUACACUUAUAGCGGCAACAGUGAUGGCACCGUUUUCCCCGCCUACUACGUGGAACAACAACAGGAGCUGUACUACUUCAACAUCGAUGUUAAAAAAAUAUCCGAGAAACUGUAA